UCGUGCACCACUUCCUCAAAGCUCUUUCCCACUCAGGCCCCAAAGCGCCGAAACCCUAGCAAGAGGCGAGAAGGCGGUACUCGCCAUCGCACUCAUCCCACUCGCUACCUCGACCUUUCUCUUCGUCCUCCUCUCUCCCUCUUCUUUUUAUCUCUACCCACCCGUAUCCUCUCCUUAUCUGUCCUCCCAGCCCCUCGACCUUUCCUUACUUUCGAAGCGGCACCUCCGCCCUACUCGAUCUCCUUCCAGCCACAACCGUGGCCCCUUCCAUCGUUCCCUCAUUCGCGCCUCCCCCCCCCCCUCCUCCCUUCAGACUCCCCACUUUCUCAGCAACGUUCCUCUCCGUAGUAGGAGCCCCCGACCUCACCGCGACAUGCGCGUUUUGUAGCGUUUAGCAACAUAUACCGAUACUCUCCCCUCCCUCUGCGCGACCUACAACACCCCGAUUCUCGCCUUCUCUCACCAUGAUUAUUCCACCCGACCCAGAGAAGGACCCACGUCUUUUCCGGGGGAGCACGACGUCGCUCGUCACCGUCCCCGAGGACCAGCUCGUUGAUGUCGAAACGCUCGAACACGCCCCCGCUCAUCCAGGAAAUGCGUAUUCUAUCAACCCCGCCGCACCUGUCGCAUAUCCUUACGGCGGGCCCUUCGGCGACGCAUUCACCGUGCCCUUCGACCCCGUGCCGCCGUACUCGGCACGCCGGGAGCUAGACCCAGUUGAGCACGCCGCGUACGGCGCACCCCCGCUCGGGCGAACAUUUAGCCGCGCAUCUCGAGGCUCGACUUCGACCUCGGCCUCAGGGUCAUCUACUGAGUCAAACGCCACACCAACACGCCGCCGAUUUACUCCACUUCGUAGUGGGUCGCGCACAGUCUCGACCCCCGCUUCGUCGGACACUCUACUUGCUGCACGCGGCACGAAGCUGUGGGAAGGGUCGGCGACCCGCGGACCAGCACGGCGAUGGCUCGGCAUCCCUAUACCUCCCCGCUCUAUCAUUCCAAUCUCGCCCGAGGCCAAGGGGCUCUGGCACAAAUAUAGGCGCUUGUGGAUUGCGAUGUUCGUGUGCCUUGCCAUCGGAAUCGUUCUCGCCGUGGGACUUGCUGCCGGUCUCGUACUAUCCAACCAGAAGGGCCCGUCUCAUGGUGGAAAAGGCGACGCGUGGAGAAACAACCGCAAGGGCCAGAACACGACGUACCCAACAACACCGGACUUGUCAAUCUCCUACCAUGAGGACCGUGACGGGCCGUUCCCCGAAGACGGGGAGGCGACCCAGUGCAACCAGUUCACGCCACUCAACCAAUCGAGCGCAUUGACACAACUCGCAGUCAAUUCGCCGCACUUUGCUCACUAUAUCUCGACGUACUCGUUCCCACUCAGCGCUCACGUCGAUGGGAUGGCCGCUCUCAGCCACAACCUGUACGUUCUGGCUCGCGGGCUUGCCGCAACCGGCACUGUUGAGAUCGUCGGCUCCAAUGCGCCAUCCGGCGUUAUACAUGGCGGCGAGGAAGGCGUGGUGAAGAUUGACGUUCUCGCGCGCUAUCAGGCCGACCAGGAGCUUGCACACGUUGCGCGUGUGUGCCAUCUACAGCGCGAAGAUGGCUCCUCGGGUGUUGGCAUCUUUACGCCAGUCGAAACGGAUGGUGGUGCUGAAGGCCCAUUCCUGCUGAACCCGAUGUACACUCCGGCUUUUCACGUCGUCAUUCGCAUGCCCCCUAGUCUGCUUGCCACAAAGAACGACACCGUGGGCUAUCUACCAGGGCUAAGUCUUGAGCUCGCGCAAAUGGGAACGCGCAUCGGCAACCUGCAGCAGGUGGCGUUGAUCGGCGAUCUGCGGAUUCACGCGGGCAGCAGAGGUGGUGGUGUCGUUGUCGACUAUGCUUCGUGCAAGACUUGCACUAUUGUCGGUGCCGAGAAUACGGUGCAGGGUACGUUCAAUGUCACGGAGAACCUGGCUAUCAACUCGACGAGUGGGACGAUUCUGGCCAACGUCAUCCUCUCGGACCCGGAACGGCCAGGAGACGACAGCGCGACGAUCACCAGCAUGAUCCCGAUGCCACACAGCGCGCGUCGCCGCUCCCUGAAUCCAUUAGCGGAACGGGCUUUUGUCGACAAAAUUGUCGAGCCGACAUCAGCCAAGUAUCCUGGCAUGAAGAACCUGGACGCGAGUGAAGACGGCCCGGACCACGUGAUCAAUACGACAUUCUGCACCAACGAGGGCUUCAUCUUUGUCGCGUACCUCCACCACCCUCCAAGUACGGCGCUGCGCGCCUGGGUGUCGAGCGAGAGUGGCAUGGUCGACGUGUCGAUGCACCCGAACUAUGUCGGGCCGUUUGCGCUGGAAAACAUGUGGGGCGCGAUCCGCCUGCCGCCCGUCCAGGUGCCAAAGGUGCCCGACCCGAUACACCAGGGUCGCUCGCGCAUUGUGAUUCAGGGCCCGGUCGACCUCAACUCGACGACGUUUUUCGGCGGCCUGAAUGUAACCGACGAGAUCACUGCACCGAACUCGGUCACGGGCGCUGCGGCGUGGGCGUGGGUUGAGAAGGGCCACCCAAGUGUCUCCGAGGUGCAGAACGGGUUUGAAGGGCGAGGCUCGGCGCUGGUUGCUGUUGCCACGCUCGGGGACCUGCAAGUGACCUUUGACGGCACCUAGUUGUUGCGGUUCCCCAACUAUGAUCUCCUCACUCCAUUGACCACACCGACCACCCACCCCAAUCACCUGAACGACCUACAUUCCAAACACUGGUGCAUCGGCAUCACCACCUCCCCUAUUCGGACGACAUUCGCCCGGACGACAUCCACGAACACUCAGUCACGUUUUUUUUCCCCCCCUUACUCUCUCGCCUGUGAUAUCUUUUCGCUUUUUGCUCCCAAUCCCCAUACUCAGCCUCGUUAGCCGAUUAGACUUGUGGAAUAGUGUAUUGGCCGGUCAUCGGCUGUG